AUGCAGUCACUGAUGUUCACAAAAGAAUGGGUUUUCAUUCCAAGGUGGCCAUUGGUGGGACAAGCACCAGCAGCACUUUGUGUGAUCAGCAUGCUACUGUGCCUCCCUCCUGCGUCAUGCACAGCCUGCCCUCAGAAAUGCCGCUGCGAGGACCUGCAGUUUUACUGCGACACGCAGGGACUCCUGACGCCCCCAGAUGGCGUGGACAGAGGAGCCCUGGGACUCUCACUCCGGCACAACAGUUUCACCGAGCUGAAUCCUGACCAAUUUUUUGGCUUCACCCAACUAACCUGGCUCCACUUGGACCACAACCAAAUACACACUGUGCAUGAAGAUGCUUUCCAGGGGCUCUACAAGCUCAAGGACCUGAACUUGAGCUCCAACCGCAUUACCAAGCUGCCCAACACAACCUUCAUCCACCUCAUCAACCUCCAAAUCCUGGAUCUAUCCUUCAACCAGAUGACUUCGCUGGAGCCCGAGCUCUUUCACGGGCUUAGGAAGCUCCAGAUCCUCCACCUGAGGUCCAAUUUACUGAGGACUAUGCCUGUGCGGGCCUUCUGGGACUGUUGGAGUCUGGAAUACCUUGGUUUAAGCAACAACCGGCUUCGGAGCUUGGCUCGGAAUGGAUUCACUGGGCUAAUAAAGCUACAGGAGCUCCAUUUGGAACACAACCACUUGACCAAGAUCAAUCUGGCGCACUUCCCACGUCUUGUCACCCUCCAGUUCCUCUAUCUGCAAUGGAACAAGAUUAACAAUUUAACAUGUACCAUGGAGUGGGAGUGGACCACUCUGGAAAAACUGGAUCUAACCGGGAAUGAGAUACAUGCUCUAACCCCUGAAGUGUUUGAAACUUUACCGAACCUUAAGAUUCUACUACUGGAUAACAACAAGUUGACCAGCCUUGAUGCCCAAACCAUGGAUAUGUGGAAAUCUCUGAACACUAUUGGGUUGUCAAGCAACCUUUGGGAAUGUACCAACAGAAUCUGCAACUUGGCCAGUUGGCUUAGUAAGUUUAAGGGUCGAUGGGAGCAAUCCAUCCUAUGCCACAGCCCUGAGUACACACAGGGUGAGGAAAUACUCGACGCUGUUCAUGGAUUCCAACUUUGCCAAAACAUCUUAGCACCUGUUGCACCAACCAGCACCAUGAUGGAGGCAACGUUACCCCAACAGUUCACUAGACCUUUGUUUGGGAAUAUGCAGACACCAACACAAGACUUCUAUACAGACAAUCUGGGGAGCUUUAGUAUUUUCACUACUGCUGUCAUAACCUCCCAAACCCCACAAACUACCAUGACUGUCACCACAGAUGAGGUGAAAAACGUUACUGACAACUCUGCUAUGAUGGACAACAUGGUACUAACCCAGAUCAUGAUUGUAGGUACCAUGGCUCUUUUGUUUUUCUUCUUUCUCAUCAUUUUCAUAGUGUACAUAUCAUGGAAGUGCUGCCCACACUCUAUACGACAAACCCACCACUGCUUGACCAUUCAGAAUAGGCAACAGAACCGGACACAGGAAAGGCAGCCAAUGGCAGACCCGGCCGCACAGCUGCCCUAUAAUGAGUAUGAGCUGACUCACAAUGAUGGUGCACUUGUAAUCAUCAAUGGCUAUGGGCAGUGCAAGUGUAAGCAGCCAUCUUACAGAGAGUGUGAAGUAUAA